CGACAGGAGCUCCAUUUUUUGAGUGAAAUUCGAUUUUGAUCACCAUGAUGUGAUGGAUGGAUUUUGAUUCUUGCUGCCAACGAUCGCUUCGCGGUGGAUGGCAUUCAUUUCAAUAUCAGUAUUAUGAACAUAAAUGAUCGCCAACUACCAUUUCAUUAGUACUGCAUAUAGGAUGAGCAUGAGCUCGAGUUAAUAUUCACAACUCCACAGUGCUAGCAAUGUCACGAGCCGUACAAAGCAAGAAGACACUGCAAAGAAUCGAAAAUGCCCCGUCAGCACCAAAGGCGACGGACCGAGUCUGACGAACAGAAACCGCCAAAUGGAAAGAAACAACGAAAAAGACCAAGGACGCCGUCGCCGUCGAAACAGCAACAGCARCAGGAGCAGCGCCCCGAUCCACCGCCUCCAGCACCUGCCGCUCUCGUUCGAUUGCUGAAAAAAGACAAAAAAGUCCUUGACUAUUUCAAGGCAUUGCAGCUCAAUCUGGCGUACGACGUCGAGAAAUGGAAGACGCGCUCCAGGGCUCACCAGGAAGAACUGGAAGAGUUGAAGAAGACUAUAAAGGAGGAGAGGCAGCGUGAGAAUGAACGCCGGGCUUCGGUGGUGCGUUCAUCGAAGGACCACCAAGUCUCGAACGAUGCAUCGCAGUCYGACGAAGGCAAAGAUUCUUUCUUUGACUUCGAAUGCUCUUCGUCUUCGAAAGACGAMAAUGAUAGYGGAAUGGAAGGAAACGAUAGCAAUCGUGAUGGCGGCAAUGACAAUGCAGACAUCGCAAGCAGUACCAACAGAAAAAAUCGAUCUCCGAUGCUUACGGGGGAAGCAACCGAGSAAGACCUCCAAACAUCCACCGAUACGGCUGCUCCAAGGUCCUUCAAAUUCCAUUUUGACAGCGACGAUGACGAGAGCGAGGAAGAAAACAACGACGGCAACAGCGAACAAAAUGCCGGUGCUGCAUCGUUUCCAAGAACGAUCCCGGAAAAUCACAAACGGAAUCCAGUCCGGGGGAGGAAUGGAAAGGGAGAGCAACAGUGGCGAGAAAGGCGAGGAGAUUGGGAUCCUGAGGAGGCAGAGAUAGAAACGCAAACAUYGGCGAAACACGAUCGAUUUCCCCGCACAAAGGAUGAAACGGUGGUGUCCAACCGUAUCCGAGUGGGAUGGAAACUCCUUCGAAAAGCCCAGAAUUGCUUGGAGGAAAUCGGGAUUGUCCUCGCUGCCACAGUGGCGAUUCCCGAAAACAACCACGAGAACAACGGAAAUAAUAAUGCAGGAGACGAAAACAGCAGUGCUUGUGAAAGAUUUCAAAUCAAAAUCGGAAAGAGUCAAGGAGACGUUGCUACAGAGGACUUGCUUGGUGUACAUGAUUGUGGCGACGAUGACGAUGACGAUGACGAUGACGAUGACGAUGACGAUGACGAUGACGAUGACGAUGACGAUGACGAUGACUCCAGCAUCGCCACACCCCGCGGCAGCAGGAAUGGUGAUUGCACUUUUUCCUAUGUUCGAAUCAGUGACAAUGCUGUUCUAGGGGAUAUCCUACAAAGGAUCAAGGAAUGGACAAAACUCAAAACUACGGUGGCCUUCCCGUUGGUGUCAAAACAAGGAUCCAGUGAGAAACAAACAAAAGCGAGAACGUCAAGGAAGGACGAGGAUGUAAGUGAGAAGGGAAAGGAAAGCCACGUCCCACCAACGAAGGAAAGUACCGAUGACAAUCGGUUUCACAAAGGAAAUAAUGCUAAGUUUCAUUACCAAUAUGCUGCCUUUGAUGCUUCGGACUUGAUUCCGUGUUUCGUUCCGAUGCAUAGGAACGCAGAUAGCAGCAAUUCCAGUACCAAUGAACACGAAGAUGCCAAUGGAAGCCCAAAAAAGCAACAUUUAGAGUACCAUUCGCCUCAGUCGUUGUCAUUGGCAAUACCACAACACCCCGCUGUAAAGGGAACCGAUCUCCUGCUGAAAGCUCUCUCGUGGAUCGAUGCUUUCGGUCCGAUCCUURAUGAAGUUGAAGUCGACGGCGGCUUGUUUUUGAACCUGGUGCGAUUAGAGAAAGAGGGAAAGGAGGAUAACGACAAUGAUCCUGUGUCACCAAUCGGUGGAGGAGACGACUCGGUAGAAAUAUCAGCCUAUGAAUCCGCGGUGCGCUUUGUUACGGGGAUGAAGCGACGUCAUUUAUUGGUUCAAAAUUUCGUGGAAUCCCUUGCUGGUGAAAUAUGUGAUGCGUGGCCCAUACAGGAUCGACUCAAUCGGGUUGACAAUCCACCACAGCACUUCAACAAAGAAAAAAACCAUUUUACUGGUGGUAACGGAAUUACCAGCAGGAAGCUUGUCAUCGACUCUAAAAACUCACUUCGUUUGGCCACCAUCGUCGAUCGUUGCAUACUAGCACGAAUCGUCACAGCGAUUUAUCUGCAUAGGAGUGAUCCAACGUCUGCUAUAACUCUUUUGUUUCGAUACCUUUUGUCCACGGGUUCUUCUCUGCAACUAGAAGAAGAGGAUUUCUAUCCGAAUCACCCACCGGUUCAAAGUCUCUGUGUUGUCGAGGCCAUUUUGAACACGCAAUUCGAUGGUAUGAAUGCCAACAGCCAUCCAACAAAAGUUGCACAGGGCUUGCCCAAGAAUCGGACUCUAUUGGACUACCUCGUGGACAAUAUCCUUCUGCCGGAUCACACAAUCGAUGAAAACAAUCCGUUUCUUAUGGUGGAGUCAUUUCAUCUAUCCAUUGCAAUAUCUGCAACCAUUUUUUGCAUUCGGACAAACCACGAUGAUUCACGGGUUUCAGAACUUGCUCUCGUAGAAGUAGGUGCCUACAAUCGUUUGAAAGAACAACUCGAUGCCGCCGUGUCUACUAGAAAGCGGGGCCCACUAGCUAUUGRAACAAUAGAUACUUUAAAAUGGUCGGAAACCCUUCGUCCAUUUUACGUUGAAGAAUGCCGARGAUUUAGCAAGGCGUUUCUCGACGAUCUCGCCAGUGCGGUACAAAAAGAAGACGAUGUGAAAUUMGGUUACUACGGAAAUCACGAGCUGCCGUCAAUGACAAUUGUGAUGGCAUGGUUGCUUCCAAUGACACUGGUGGUAGAAGGAGAUGGACACAAGCUCCGAGAGAUUUUUUCACAGUGGUCAGAGAUGUUUUUGUCGUUGCGAUCCSKAGACUGUUUGUUCGUGGUCGAAGCGUGUGUGAGAGCAAUGAGGCAAUUGGAAAUUUCCAGUCUCAAAUCCUACCGAACGGUGAUAUSUUCUCCGGCAACAAACGAGGUAUCCACGGUUGUCCAAUCGAUAGUGGCACGCCUUGUUGAAUCAAUGACUGACUGGGAUUCAUCAACAAUAGUAACUGAAAAGAAUAGUGCAAUAAMUCCCACCACUUUACAUACGCUGAUUGGUAUCUGUUACGAGGUGGCCGAUGGGGAAASUGCACUCAAACUAAUCCAGCGGUGGAUUGUAUCAUCAAACGAGGAAAAGAAAGCUAUCCCAAAACARCAGCUAUCUUCCAAGAGAAACGAUCUUUCUCGCCCCAUUGACUUUUGGUCGGCAUUUCCAAUGGUUCGUGUUAUUAAUCUACAGCGGCGACAGGAUAGAAUAGCAUCUUUCAUGGCCCAAGCAAUGCAUGCAGGUCUUUGGGUCUUGCGCGGCGUCAUUCCCCCAGAUCGAUGGAAAAUGAUGGAAGGGAAACGAAAGAAUAAUGAUCUUGGAGAAACCAUGGCUAAUGACAAGUCCCCUGAUCUCACAUCAUACAUCGGAACAUAUGCAAUCGAUGGUAGCCAGGGAUCCCCUGCCGAGGUUGAGAAAAUGCUCAUGGAGUGGCUUGAUGUUGGAGAAUUGAAAAAUGGUGCAUCAAAAACAGAACUCAAAUCACUCGUAUUGCCGCAGUGGCGGCCAAACGAUCUCCGAGCAUUUGAUAUUCACGCUUCAGACGAUCCCAACCUGAUGGUCUCUCUUAGUCCCAGCGAAAAAGCUUGUGCACUGAGCCAYAUUGCUACAUGGAAGGGCAUAGCAUCAGCAUCAUCUGACACUUGUAAAUUYUCAUAUACAGGCUUGGCGCGUGGCGAUCCGAUUCACAAUAAAAAUGAUGACGACCCCAUCCCACCUUGUCCUGUCGCUUUGGUCUUGGAAGACGAUGCUGUGUUGGUCGACCGCUUUCAAGAGCGUCUCGACCAAAUCUUACGAGAGCUUCCCCGUGAUUUCCAUUACUGUGCACUAGGUUAUGCAAGACCAAAAGAAGCACCUCUGGUUGACAUUCCAGGUUGCGCACAUAUCAAACUUCCUACCAUGACGUGGUAUUUGACAGGCUACCUGCUUAGCAAAUCUGGUGCCCGUUAUCUGCUUGAUCGUCUCCCGGUGGAGGGUCCAGUCGAUGCCUGGAURGGCCGAAAGAUGAUUUUGACUUCAAAUUGGGAAAAUGACUAYGGAYACCGYCUGGGAGUAGGAGAUGCUCCGCACAUUGGAUCUGACUCUUCACGACCUACCUUGACAMAGAAAGAGAUCCGCCUAUGCGUACAAUUCCGGGCAUAUUGUGCCAGUAUUCCCCUCUGCGAUCAAAAAGUGAGAACAGCUAUUGCUACAGGUGCCAGCACCAAGCAUCGCAACAAMAAACCGAAUCAGAACUGGCGACUUCGGGAUUCUGACAUUGUAUACAGUGGCAAUAUUGGUAAGGCGACUUGAGAAAAUUAGAUAGAAAAAAAGGAAAAGAUAUUGGAAGACCURGAAGGGAAAACAAUAACACAGAGAUCUUUCAUACGACCCCUUCGUAUGCAAAGAAAUGGAUCAUAAUAAAUCUAAAUGUCUUGA